CACCUUUCACAACUCCUGUCUGUUGUCGCUUUGUCGCCCUUAUGAGGCACUAGUCAGUGUCUUUUCUAGGAACACCUCCGUCCGCCAUGCCGUCUCCGCCGGGGUAUCGAUAUUCCGAAGAAGAGAUCAGCUUCAUCCUGCGCAGACCACGGCGCAAUGUAAUCGCUAAGUCUCGUAAAAGAGAAGGGAGCUUGCUUGGUUCUCUCUACACUCUACUCGUCGACAAUCAGAUUGGACUUUCAAUUGCUCCCAUCUUGACACUAGCCGUAUCCCACGCUCUCUUCCCUGGAGCUCGCCCUCACACACGGAGGUUCUGUGAGCUCUCCUACUACGAUGAUUCUACGCAAACAUAUGCGCCCGGGUGGAAUGAUCUGCCAAUCGUCCUUUGUUGGCUUGUAAUCUUCACGGGGUUGCGCAGCGGCGUGAUGGGCUUUGUACUCAAGCCGCUUGCUGUUCGAGGAGGGUUACGCAAAAAGAAGGCUAUCCAACGCUUCUGCGAGCAGGGCUGGCUUGUAAUAUACUAUGUUCUUUCGUUUGGGAUCGGCCUGUGGCUUUGGGCCAAUUCCAAGUACUGGUUCAAUUUCCGCGAACUGUGGACUGGCUUCCCUAACCCCGCGAUGAACGCGACAAUGAAGUGGUACUACCUCGUCCAAAUGGCGUUCUGGCUGCAGCAGAUCAUAGUGGUCAAUACGGAAAGUCAUCGGAAGGAUUACUGGCAGAUGUUGACGCAUCACAUCAUCACAUGUACCUUGUUGUUCACAAGCUAUAGCUUCUAUAUGACGAGAGUUGGCAAUGUGAUCCUAUGUCUCAUGGACUUCGCAGACAUCAUCUUAUCGUCUGCCAAAGUCUUGCGAUACUUGGCCUACCAAACAGCAUGCGACGUCGCUUUUGGCAUCUUCAUCCCUGCAUGGUUCAUCACACGCCACAUACUGUUCCCACUAGUCAUCUGGUCCGUCUGGUCCGACCUCCCCGUCGUUAUGCCCCUCGGAUGCUACUCACUCGCCACCGGGGAUAAGUUGCCGCAAAAAGGCGCCACGCACAUCGCACAUUACAUGCAAUCGGAUGGCAUCGUUUGCUUCGACAGGCUCGUUCAUAUGCAUUUCCUCGGCCUCCUUAUCGCGCUAGAACUUAUCAUCAUGGUCUGGUUUGGCAUGAUUCUUCGCGUGGCUUGGAGGGUUAUAAAGGGCUUGGGCGCUGCUGAUUCGAGAAGCGAUGAUGAGGGCGACGAGGAAGAAGAGAAGGUCCUGGGCGCGGUCGGGCCGGUGGAGGUGGAAGACAAGCGAUCGUAACAUUCGUUGCUAGCUAUCUAGGGCGGAAUUGAACGUUGAUGAAGAGUUCUUCCGAGGAUCUAGGUUUCACAUCUUUGCGUUUACCAUGAAAAAGUGACUGAAUGUUGUUCAACGUAACGUAUGCGAGAUCUUCCAAUCCUCAAGUACAACUUCAUCGCAGCUUGGAGAGUGGUUGUCCCGCAGCAUUUAUGCUUCUACGCACAUGACGGAGCCCCCGACAAUUCCAAAGAACACUCCCGAGGUGCUCUCUACAAUUCUGUACCAGCGAUCUUGAGAGUUCGACCGAGGUUUCGAGAUCGUCCAGUCUUGUGCCAGGCAUAGUGGCACUCAUCGGUUGUUUCUAGCGGCAACCAUCACUUGACUCGCAAUUGUGUUAGGUCCUGGGUAAUACCUGUAUCAGAUUCUUG